AUCCGACUACCGACAGGCACCCUGACCGAUAGUUUCGAGUUUAAAGUUUGCCUAUGCGGUGUGCGUGAGACACGGUCACGUAUAAUGCGUGGGAACGACGCGGUGAAGUCGUACGUGAAGUGAACCGUGGGUAAGAGUGCGCACAAGUGGACAAAGUAGACCAGAAAGGAAAGAAGAACGUUGGACGUAAACGAGGGUACCUUUUCCUUCUUUUUCGGUAUCGCCCGACAUCGAUUGCCGUGUCCGCUAUGGUCGUAUCGUUGCCACCCACUAUACCUCAAGAAUCAUUACGCGGUUCGGGAAACGUCUUAUGCGAAAAGUCGCUAGUCCUCGGUACGAAUCUCAAAUUUACGCGUUAACUGUUCGCACGGAAGGAGUCUGAUCUGUUAUUAUAAUCUCUAGCGAAGAGGGUGAAUAAAGAAAAAGAAAAAUUGUGAAAAAGGUGUGGUAUAUAGUAAAGAUUGAAUAAAUGCAAGAGAAUCGGGACCUAAACAUUGCAUUUAUCCAGUCGAAGUUUCUAUUCUGGGUAGUCACGCGUGUCCCAAAGAUUUAUCAGGUAUAGUGGGUAGAAGAGGUAUAGCGAACUCUUGGAAGCGAUAGAACGCGAAGACGGUAGUAAGUUCGGGUGUUGGGAUUGCAAACCCCCAGGAAUGAGUUCUGCACGCUUUUUAGACACUGUCGCAUCGAGGUUCUAGAUGUGCUAAGAGGGCAAGGCGUCGCGGGUUUAGCGGCCCUGUAAUGAGCGACAAGGAACAGAUUUUUCUAUUCCCCUUAUACCCACGAUACACGAUGUCGUGUGAGAAGGAAGAUCGACCUGAAAUUCACGCAAACGUUCUCGUCGAAUACCGUGCGUGACCAAACUUUAAUUCACGCAGAGCUCGAGCAAAUAAGCUGUUGGAUUAACAGGAACUUCCUGGGUUUUGCGUCGAAUUCGAAAAAUGAUGGAAAAGUAACGACCCUCCUCCCUCCCCCUUUUAUAACGGCACGGCUCGUCUUGUUCGCUUGAAAAAUAUGCUAUGAGAGAGGUCCGUCGAAGUGUACUUAAGAGACGUAUCUUUACGUCCGAGAUCGUGUAAUUUUUUCUUUAUUCAUAGCGAAGCAGAAGAGGGGGAAAAAUUGAAUGACAUUUAGAGCACAAGCAUAAGCGUGUCGUCGUUGCUUGAUAUGUGGACAAGCUGGUUUGGCACAGAUUAUAUUCACAAAGUGAGUAUGUCCAGGAGGAAACUCGGUGGCGACAGACAAUUCGACAACGUGGAUUACACACAGCUUACUGAAACUGACAAUGGCUUUGUCGAUUCUCAGUUUGCGAAUCCACCAGUAAAAAUACCAUGGAAAGCCAUUACAUUGGCAGCUCUUCUGUUUGUCGGAGGUACCAUCAUGCUAAUUGUGGGUAGCCUAAUCGUGAGUGGACACAUAGAUUCAAAAUACUCUGACCGUAUGUGGCCAGUCAUUAUUUUAGGAAUUUUAAUGUUCAUACCAGGAGCUUAUCAUAUGAGGGUUGCUAUUUUAGCAUACCAAAAAGUGCCAGGGUAUUCGUUUGAUGAUAUACCAGAGUUCGAUUAACCGUGCAUGUCUUUUUU